AUGAAGUUCCUCGGGAAGCCCAGGAGCCAGAGAGCUGCUUUUCUUCCUCUUUGCUUGCUCUUUUUGAAGAUUCUGCACCCAGGGCACAGCCAUCUUUACAGCAGCCGCUAUGCUGGUGAUAAGGUGAUAAGACUUAUUCCCGGUACAGAAGAGGAAGCAUAUGCACUGAAGAAAAUAUACCAGCAACUGAAGGUGGACCUGUGGCAGCCCAGCAGUAUCUCCCAGGUAUCAGAGGGAACAGUUACUGAUGUCCAUAUUCCCCACAAUGGUUCCCAAGUCCUGCUAGCCUUCCUACAGGAAACCAACAUCCAGUACAAGAUCCUCAUGGAAGAUCUUCAGAAAGUACUGGAAAAGGGAAGCAGUUUGCCAACCCAGAGAAGUCGAAGAUCCGUCUCUGGAUAUAAUUAUGAAGUUUAUCACUCCUUAGAAGAAAUUCAAAAUUGGAUGCAUCAUUUGAAUAAAACUCAUUCAGGCCUCAUUCACAUGUUCUCUAUUGGAAAAUCAUAUGAGGGAAGAUCUCUUUUUGUUUUAAAGCUGGGCAGAAGAUCACGAGCUUACAAAAGAGCUGUCUGGAUAGACUGCGGUAUUCAUGCAAGAGAAUGGAUUGGUCCUGCCUUUUGUCAGUGGUUUGUAAAAGAAGCUCUUCUAACAUAUAGGAGUGACCCAACCAUGAGAAAAAUGUUGAAUCAUCUGUAUUUCUAUAUCAUGCCUGUGUUUAACGUUGAUGGAUACCAUUUUAGCUGGACCAAUGAUCGAUUUUGGAGAAAAACAAGGUCAAGGAACUCAAGGUUUCGCUGCCGUGGAGUGGAUGCCAAUCGAAACUGGAGGGUGAAAUGGUGCGAUGAAGGAGCUUCCAUGCACCCUUGUGAUGAUACGUACUGUGGACCUUUCCCAGAAUCUGAGCCCGAAGUGAAAGCUGUAGCUAACUUCCUCCGAAAACACAAGAAGCACAUAAGGGCUUACCUCUCUUUUCAUGCAUAUGCUCAGAUGUUGCUGUAUCCCUAUUCUUACAAAUAUGCAACAAUCCCCAAUUUUAGCUGUGUGGAAUCUGCAGCUCAUAAAGCUGUGAACGCGCUUCAGUCGGUAUACGGCGUACAGUAUCGAUACGGGCCUGCUUCCAGCACAUUGUAUGUGAGCUCUGGUAACUCAAUGGAUUGGGCCUACAAGAAUGGAAUACCCUACACAUUUGCUUUUGAACUACGUGACACUGGGCAUUUUGGCUUUUUACUCCCAGAGAUGCUCAUCAAACCCACCUGUACAGAAACCAUGCUGGCUGUGAAGAAUAUCACAAUGCACCUACUAAAGAAGUGUCCCUGA